ACAUUCUCAGCCAUAGAUCUCGCAUGUCGCUUGCGUCGACGCAUACCAUCAAGAACCAGCUCAACAAUGCGCUAGGGCAGAAAGCGCCUAUUUAUUUUGACACCCUCAGCCAGUAUGUCUCCGGUAAGAUAUCCCGGACAGAGUUCGAGGACACGGUCAGGCAAGUUCUUGACGCAUCCAACCUCGUCCAGCUGCAUAAUUCUCUGAUUAUCUCGUUGUUUGACCUUACGGCGCACCGGCGCCCACCAACCCCCUUGCCAGAGGCACCCAAGCCGCCGCCUCGCAAGCGGAGACGGCUACUGCCAUACCAAGGACCGGACAGCUCUGAUGAUACCCUUCGCUCUUCACGGCUCAAGAGAUGGGCGGUGUCUGUCGGGAAAGCUGAGCGCGACCGCAUCAAGCAGCUUGCCAUCUCUGGACCGGAACGACCACGACCUCGAAUGGACACCGACGAAAUUGCUCGUGAGCGUGGGGUUGUGCUGAUGAUGGAACGUGGUGAACCUCCCGGAAGCCGCCUGCCACUAAACCUGGCUCAGAUGUCCCGUGCACCCACUCUGCAGCAUAUUUCGGACCGGAUAAAUCUCAUUUCUGCGCAACAUAAUUUGAACGCCCCAAAUCGCACUGUUUCCUCUCUGUUGAUGCUGGCAUUUGAGGCGAAGUUGAAACAGCUAAUAACCCACGCCAUUACCCUUACCUCCACUUCGCAUGCCAUCACCUCAAUUACCCCCUCAGCACCACAUUCGCACGCCCGUGUGCUGACUGCAUCUUCCUUCGAUACCCUGUUCAAUAUCUCCCCUGCUGUCCUCCCCAACCAGUCAGCCGCCGCCAUGCGCCUUGCUAUCGGUGAUAACGAACCGGUGGAUGAAGACGAGUAUCGGAUUCUCAAAGGCAAAGAUACUCAUGACCACCGGUGGCAACUUCUGGCUCUUCUUGGGGAGCAGCGGAGUACAGUCAGAGACGCCCUCCGGAAUAUGCGAUAGCGCGAAUGUCAGGUAGCAGCGUUACGUACCCAAGCACAGAACCGGCCCGAUCGAUGAUUCGGUUUCUGUCAAAUGGUUAUUAGCAGCACGCGAGCACUUGGAGCUCCUGGUCCUUCUCAUGAUCUUUCCUGCUUCCUGAUCGAGGAUGAACAAACCUUGUCCAGGAGUACACUUUGACCUGGCUGAAGGCGCUCUUGCAAAUGUCUGGGACGGUUAUCUGCUUGCAGCGAUGGCAACGGCAUGGCACAGCUUUUAUAACGUCUGCUGUAUCGGGUUUCAAGGACAUAUUCGCCGACGGGAGCUGCGAGACUGUAUCCACAGCCUGUUGAUUUCUACAUCGAAUAGUCAUUCAUUGAGGAAUAUCAUAGGAUGUUGUAGAACAAGAGCAAUAUAUAUACAAGUUGAUACAAC